GGUGGAGGGGCCGGGAUGAGAAGCGGGGCGCGCGCGCGUGCACGAGCGGUCCGCCGGCGAGAUGUGGUACUGGAUCUUCCUCUGGGCUCUUUUUUCCUCACUGUUUGUCCAUGGUGCUGCAGGAGUGUUGAUGUUUGUGAUGCUGCAGAGGCACAGGCAUGGAAGAGUGAUCUCCGUCAUCGCGGUCAGCGUUGGCUUUCUGGCCUCUGUAACUGGAGCAAUGAUUACUAGUGCAGCGGUUGCGGGCAUCUACCGCGUGGCCGGGAAGAACAUGGCCCCUCUGGAAGCGCUGGUGUGGGGCGUCGGGCAGACUGUACUGACACUAAUCAUCUCCUUCUCAAGGAUCCUCGCUACACUCUGAGGUUUCUGAGGCAGUGUAUUUCACUUAAGAAAACAGAUGUACAGAUUUCCUGAAAAUGGCACUGUGGGCAAGUGGAAAUGAAGUUGUGCAAGAACGUGGCCGGAGCAAGUCAAAGCCUGAGGAAGACCUCGCGCUGUGUGGGAAGACAGCCCUCUGGUGUUCAAGCGAUUGCACUACCGCCCUGCACCUUACGUGCCUCCGUCCCAGGCAAGGUGCACCGAGACACUACGUGAAUCUACAAGAAAAAGCACCUUGUUUAGCUGCCAAUCAGGUUAACAUUGGCGUUCAAAUCAUCGUUCUUAACAGUGUUGUGUUGAGUUCCAGGGACGAUCUGAGGAAUUGAUACAUGUGCCAAACUCUUCUCUUUUUGUUCACAUUGGUCGUGUGACGAUUUGCAAGUGUAGCUGUAGCUGAGUGCUGUGAACAUAUUUGACAUGAGUUCAGGUAAAUGUAAGACUUCGUUUUGUAAUGCUAAAUCUUGUAUGAGUGCUAAAUACUGAAUCACUUGAUGUGAGAAAAAUUACCUGGUUUUUAAUGUUGAGCAUCUCUGGGAUUUAGGGUUUUAGUACGUUUAGGCAUUAUUGUUAUUCAUAUGAAAAAUAAUAGUCUUCUUAAUGGAAGACUACCUAAAUUGUUUUAAGGACUCAAAGUAGAUCUAUAGGGUGCAUACCUUUCGCUAAAUUAACGCCCUUUUAAUAGUUUCCCUCAUGCAUAAAUAUUGUUUAUAUGAAUUUAAAAAUGUUAUGUUUCACACACACUGAUUGUCAUUUGUGUGUCAUAAAAUAUAAUUUGAAAAUUUUCUUAGAAAUUUUGUAAGGAAAAAAGUCUGGAGUGCAUGUUACAUUCUUUGUCACUUCUAAAGAAAACUUUUGCCUUGUAUCUCAUGGAGAAACCAUCUUUAUAAGUAGUAUGGUAGUGGGAUUAUCCCUACAUCUUGAUUUUUGACAAAACUAUCUUUCAUUCUGGAGUAUUAACUAUAUUUAAAGAGUGGCCUAAAUUAGGCUCAGGAAGUAAAAGCUUCAUUUGUAGAUAAGUAACCAGUAAGUUAUAUGGGGAGAAUAAUACAGUGUCUUACUUUGGAUAGGUGGCAGUGUCAUGAUUCUGCUAAGAACUGGGGAAAUAUAGUAAAUAAUUUUAGAAUUGGUCAGUCUCAGCAUAUCAGUGCAGUAUGGAAUGUAUACACAGUGAUUCAUAUCAGUUUUUCAGUUCUUGAUUUAUACUGUUCAAUUUUAAGUUUAUUUAAGUUGAAAAGUUAUGACUUAAGUUUAUUAGAAUCUUAUCACAUUUACUAAAAAUGGAAAUGUCCUUUGUAUAAAACAUUUUCAGAAGUUUUGGUAAUACAUAGUUGGUUACAAGAAUACAAGAGGUAGGUAAAACAUAGCCUGCUCAAAUCGGUCUCCUGUGAGACUUUUUGGGCACCAGUUGCAGUAAUAAACGUGCUAAUUCAAGGAAGGAGUUAAGGAGAAUUCAAAAAAUAAUCUAGCAGCUGAGCCUUUUUGUUUAACCUGAUUUUAUUUUUUUUUAAGUAGGCUUCUUUUAGAUCCAUGGAAUUUCAGACUAGUUUUACUCCACCAAAAUAGAUGUAUCAGCUUAGUGAGAUACUGAGGAAGGAAUCCUCUUAGCAGCAUAGAAGCGCAUUUUAGGGAUUUACUAACAUUGUGGCUUGGAAAUUUGUUUAAAAAAAUAAGCAGUGGUGUGUUAUUACAGAUCUUUUUGGUAAAUCUUAGACUUCUUUUAUAAUGUAAAAGCCUAUUAUUAUAUUUUCAUGUGUUGUUUAUAUUCCUGAUGUUUCCUCAAGUUAAAUUUAUACAUGACUUUUUCAAGUCAGUUUGAUUUCUCCUUUUCUGAUAGACUUCAGUUGUGUUCUUCCUUUACUUUGGCUGUUCUAUCAAUAAUCUAAAGCAUUUAUGUCUUUCCAGAGGAGUUACCAAUAAUAUGUGGAAAUUGUUUCAGAUGUACAGGCUGAAUAUUUAUUUUGGUUUAUGAAAGUUAUCAUAGAUAAUAUGGAACAUACGGUUCAUAAUCCAGAAAAUAACUUGGAUGCAUUGAAUAUAUGAAUUAUGGACCAAAGAGAUUUAAACUCUUAUUUUUAUUCUAGGAUGAAAGUUUGAUUGAGUGAUUAAUAGUUUGUGACAUGCCCUGCAGUUAUGCCAGUAUCAAGUUGAUUUACAUUAAGAACUGAGUGUGUUGUAUACUGUAAUAUUUAGGUGGACAGUUUGAGUUUCUUUGCUGCUCUCAGUUAUUUUCAUUGAGAUAUUGUGCAUCUGUCACUCUUUGGAUAUUUGAAGUGUAGUUGUAUAGUAUGAAUUUAUCAGUUGUUUUCAUAGCUAUUUAUAUGCUGAGUUUUUAUAAGUUCAUGGUUUUCCUAUACAGACUAAUGUUUAAUGAUAUAUAUGUAUAUACAUAUGUAUCAUUAUAUACAUAUAUAGAGAGAUAUGUGGAUAUACUCCAAUUGGAAAGCUUUUGUUCAGUGAACACUUUGGUGUUAGUGAAUUUGAUAAUACUUGUUUGGUUGGAUGGUCUUUUAAAUAGAUUUGAAGAUGUUCGACGUUAUCCGGGGAAAUUUUUCUUGGUGUAAUGGUGCGGGAUACCCUUAUUUGGGAUACGACAAAAGCUGUUAUUGACAUAAUUAGGCUACACUUUCUUAAAAUUUGAAUGUGAUUUAGCAGUAAAUUUUCUUUAUGACAAGUGCAAGUAGGUAGUGAGGCAAUCCCCUGCAGUUGACACUUUUGCUUUAAAAAUGUUCAGAAUAUUGCCAAUAGUGAAAUCAGUUCCCCAAAGAUGGAACUCCUAGAUGCCCAUCUGGUUAGAAAUGUCAGUAGAGCACAGUUAACCAAGGGGGCCUCACGUAAGCUACAAACAAUACUUAAAACCUUUAAAAGAAGGAAGUACAGUUAACUACCCAUGGCACAGUUUGGUCGGUUGCUGUAGAAAGUUCUGAAUGGUGGUGUACUCAUUGUGUGCAGCUUGUUAUUUUAGAUCUUGAUGUUUACCACGCAGUGUUACAGGCCGUUACCCAAUAUACUGUCUUCAUAUUUGCUGCAUACAUUUCACCCCUACAUUUCCAAGCUCACAGUGCUGUAUUUGUAUUGUAAAUGAGAGAGAGGAAAAAGAAAGAGUUGCCCUGUGUAUUUUCUAUUUGUGAUGUAGGAACAGGGAUAAUUUCCAAAUCAAAGAAUGUUGUUAAAAAAGAGUCUCAGAACCUCCAAGUAAAAUGAGGAACAUGGGGCUGUAACUCUCUUGUGCCCAUGCCAGCACCCCAGUUCCAGCUAGCUCAGUUUUGUGAACACUUCCUCCAGAUCCACUGUGUGCAGUGCUGUAUGAAGUACUGUCUGUUGGGAGAACAAAGAUGACUGAAGUGGACCUCCUAUCCUGGAGUCCACUGAGAGCUAGCAAAACAGUUUCAGAUCCUAAAAAGACUGGGACAGCAUUUCACUUCUUGAUUUUGGUUAGCAGUUCAGGUUCCCAACCCCUCAAUUUUCCCACUACUUCCACUAAAUGGAAUUUUACUGGCUGAGAUGUCAUUGCUAUGUCAGAGUGAAGAGUGUUAGACUCUAGAGACACAGGCUUAUAUCCAGGCUGUCACUUGUCAAAUUUCUGAUGCAAGCAACCAUUUAACCUCUGAGCUUCAUUUCAUACUCUGAAAUUAUUACACUUCAUAUCAUGAUGAGAAUUUAUGAAUGGCAAAAUGAUACGUAAUUACAGUAAAUGAUCAGUAGUCACUGGAACAUUUUUAAAGUUGUAUUUCACAAUAGCAGUUGAUUCUGUUUUGUACAAUUCAUUCUUCUUUCAUUUCCACAUUUUCCAUAUAUAUUUAAGAAAAAAACUAUUAAAAAGUUCUCUUACAAUCUCACUUCCUUCAUUGACUCUCUACCCUUCUAUUUUUAAAAUCAGCAGACAUUUGUCUGAGAACACUUCGGGAAUUGGUAGGAUCAGAAUGGCUAGGGCAGUCAAGAUUAAAUGAUGGGUUCCAGUUAGCACUGGUUAUAGUAGAAAGAGUAGAAGCGGCCAGUGUUUGCCCCUUUACCAUUUCUUGCCUAUUUUCUAUGGAUUAGAUUGACUCAGAACAUUUAUUGGUUCUCUGUUGUAUACAGAUUAUUAUCCUUGUUUUGGAGAUGGAAAAGUGGAUACUCUCCCCCGACACAUCCACUGUUCUUCUGCCACCUCGGACAUCUGGCUCCGCGUUGUGCUGCCGAGUCUGUUAGGACUGUGGAGCUGGGCUUCACGUGGACCAGGCUUCUUGUUGGUCCUGGUGGUGGUUGGUUGGGUUUUUUUUAACCCCAAAGGCAAUAGUUAUUUUAGAUAUACACUCAUUUUAUAAUUCAGGAAGUUACACGAUGCUAAGAGCACUUUCUGAAGUGUUCACAGACUACUUCUCUCUUGCUAAAAGUUUUCUCCCAGAAAUUCUCAAGCAGAAUCUCUUUAAGCAUAGUUUUUGGGACAUGAGGGACAUGAAAAGUUACUGAAGAAAUUAGAAUUAGACUUUGAUUGCAGAGAAGUUUGGUGUAUAUUGAGUAACUAGGUAAAUUACUGUUUCCUUUAAUAAUCAGGACUGAGACUCUCAGUGAUUAAAAUGGUCUGGUAAUCUCCCUUAAUUUCUCAUCCCUUUCAAACUCUUCUAGGUAGAAAGAACAUCAUUUGAUUAAAAUUUUUAACAUUUUUCAAAUGUGGUACCGUUUUGUAGCUAAGGAAGUUUAAAGGCAGGAAUAAAUGUUGGAGAGCUGCUGGGUGUGUGAAGCACCUUGCAUUGUGAGAACACAGCCCCCCUUUCCACUGUGCUGAGAUGAGACACACCGUGUGUGUGUGUCCCGCGCGUCUCCAUAGUUCUGUGUCCCUUGCGUGUGGGCGCCCUGGCCACGGCACAUUUGAAGUCCUUUACAUGUGCGUGUGUGCGUGUGUGUGUAUGUGAUUGUGGCUUUGCCCUUCUAAUUUGAGCAUCUCUGUUCUGUUACAGAAAAUGCACUAUUGUUAAGGUUGCUGAAUUAUUUAUCUCAAAACAUAGCUGUGAAUUUGGGGGAAAAUAGUACUUAAUAUAUGAAAUAUUUUCACUAACUGGAGAUGUACUGAUGAAUUCUUUAUUAAAUUAGUGUCAACACUCAAAUUUUUGAGUGAACUGUGCUGUGAACCAUAAUCAUCUCCCUCUGAAUUUAGGGGAUUCACUUUCACAUUCUUUGCAUUCAUUGCAUAUAUGUUGAAUUUACAUAACAACCCAUCCUUGAUUUUAAGAACUAAUUUGACAGUUCAUGUAAAGUGCUUCAUCCUUUUUCCAGACAGAUGUCCUACAUUAUAGUUUAAACAUGUACCAUUUUUUGAUGGAAGCUAGAGUGCUGAUUCGGAAGAGAAUUUUCAACACCUACGGUUGUGCUGUCAGUAUCUUUUUGAAAAAUACAUAGCUGUCGGCAAGUCAGGACAGCAAGAAGCGCUUACAUUUUAUUAUAGAUUGUUUCCUGCCCUCAUAUACAGUAUGUGUACCAUCAGUAAUAAUAUAACUUGUUUUUUGGAAAUGUCUGUAGGUCUGUAACAUAUAGAAAGCAGUAUGCCACAAAUGUAUAGAAAGAGACACUGAAAUACACAAUCAUCUGAAGCCCAUGACCAUAACUGGUUCUCCUGAAUAUGAAUUGGUAAUUAUUAAAAAUCAUCACUGCUUUUAAAACCCUGUUGAAAUGAAUAACUGCUUGAAAAUUCUACUGAUAGUGAAAAGCUUCUUUUUAAAAAACUGAAAGUUUGUAGAUUUCAUCAUUUAGUAUCUCUGGGAUGGGACAUUUUAAAGUUUCUUCAUAGCAAGCAAGUAGAGGUUACUUAUUUGAGUAGGACAAAAUGGGUUACUUUCAGUACUCGUUGAGUUGAUAAUCUAAUUGUUGAUGUUUUCUUAGUGUUUGUGAUAUUGGGUGCAUUUACUAUGGAGAAAUUAAAAAUACUAUAAUUCUUUCAGCAACGUACCCACACACAAUUCUCUCAGCAGCAUACCCACACACCCCCACACCGGGGUCUGCAUGUUUAGAUGAACAAAUACGAAAUUCCACAGUAUUUUGCAUUUAAAUUUAUAACUUGUUAAACUUCGUAUGAUUUCCUACCAUAAGUAUUAUCCCUUGACUCUAGUCAUUUUGAUAGCAACUUAAUCUUAAAGUUAACUAGCUAAGAUGUCUUCAUUGAAGUACCAGCUAUAUGGGUUUACCUGGCAGGCAUUGAAAGAUCACUGUUGAAUCAGCUAGUUAAGUCACAGUAACAUUUUAGAAAACUAAAUGAUGCCUCAGUGCCUUGAAAGUUAAAGUACUUUUGCAAAGUGGAUCUAGCAGAAGUCAGGAUUGACACCGAUGAGUUGGUUGUGUACACGUCACCUGUGACUGGAGAUCCGGAGUUUAUAAAGGGUGUCAUGGAAGUAGGUCUUGGCUACUAACUUCUUACGGUUCAAUGCAGAUCAGCUACUUAGCCAUUGACUAUGACAGAUGACAACUACUUUCAUUAUGUUCUCAUGGUAUGGCAUUUUCUUCUAUUUUUUUCCCUUUUGCAAGAAAGUAUGAAAUGGGGAAAAAAUGUAGUGAACCAUUUAAAUUUUUAGUUUUGUUGUAAACUAGAGAUCCUAGUGUGAACAGUGUUUUAUAUUGUAGUACGGGGCAGACACUUUAUGUAUGUAACCUUUAGAAAUACGUUUAUCAUCAGGGAUUUAUUUUUACUAUAGAAAUAUAUUAAAUGUACUGUGAAGCUUAAAAAUAGGAAGGAUAAGCAUUGGAGGGGUAAUACAGAAAAACAAAAGCAUAUUUGUUGAAGUACCCUGCAUUAUGUGAACACAACUUCCCCUCUGUUAUGACUAUAAGCUACACUGUAUGAGUAUGUGUACUGCAUGUUUACAUAAUACAGUUUAAUUUUGAAGGAUUAUUUAAAAAACUUUAUAUAGAAUACCUAACAAGCUGUAAAUAUUGUAUACUAUUGAUUUUUAAUUUUAUAUAAGCAAUUUUUUUAUUUCCCAAUUCAUGUACAAAUCUCAUUGUGUAUAUAGCAUAAUUUCCCGGAGAACAUUUUGCAGUGAAUUUUAAGUAUUUUAAUUGUAGUAAGUAUCAGGUUAGCCUUAGAAAUGUUGGUCUUUAUUUAAAUUAUUUUUCACCACUCUCGUUUUCUUCACAGGGCAGCAAUAAACAUAUGCAAGUUAUUUUUGAUUAUGAAAAAGGUGGUCUAACAAGACAAGAUUUGCGUUUCAAUUCAUUGCUUUAAAGAAAAGAUGCACAGUUAAUAUCAUCUGCUGUCUGGUCGCGGACCAUUUCUGAGGUCCGUGUGUGGCUCUCCUCUUUGUAAUGUACAGGGUGAACUCUUUGUUGAUAACACUCAAAACAUCUGUUAAAAGUGAAUCCAGCACUUAAAUGUCAUUACACAGAAUUUAUUGGAUUAAAAAUUUGUAAUAUACAGUAUUUUAAUAAAGUUUCUGUAUUCAAUUUCAUGCACUUAUAUAUAAAUAAACCUGUCUUUAAAAGCUUU